AUGGAUAUACGGCAUACUCAAGGAAUAGUAUUGGAAUAUCUUAAUUUCCUUGAUGAUGAGAAUGAGGAUCGAAUUUAUACGUCGAAAGCUGAAGAUCUUAUCAAAGACGAAGGUUUGCGAAUGGUAAUAAAUAUUAACGAUGUUAGGCGAAAAAUACCGUUUCGAGCCAAUAGUCUUAUAAAGAAUUUUGUUGAUGAAAUUGUCUGUUUUGAACAGGCAUUAAAUGAUUUUAUUACUCGAUUAGAUGCUGGUUAUGCAAUGGGGCGACAAUUUCAUAUUGGUUUUGAAGGAAGUUUCGGUGACCGGCAUGUAAAUCCACGAUCACUAAAAUCUCAUUUAUUAGGGAAUUUGGUCUGUUGCGAGGGUAUUGUCACCAAAUGUUCCAUAAUUCGGCCUAAGGUCGUGAAAAGUGUUCAUUAUUGCUCUGCUACCAAAAAAACUAUUGAGAGAGUAUAUACCGAUUUCACUUCAUAUGAAGCUUUUCCUUCGAGCAAUGUAUACCCGACCGAAGAUGAAAACAAGAAUCCUUUGGAAACUGAAUUUGGUUUAUGCACUUAUAAAGAUCACCAAACAUUCUCUAUACAGGAGCUACCUGAGCAUGCACCACCUGGACAGUUGCCACGUUCGCUUGAUAUAAUUGUUGAUGAGGACCUUGCUGAUAGUUGUAAACCUGGUGAUAGAGUUCGUGUUGUUGGAUUAUACAGAUGUCUUCCCAAUAAACAAAAUGGAUUUUCAAGUGGUUCAUUCAGGACGGUGCUUAUUACAAAUAAUGUGCAAUUGUUGAGCAAAGAAAUGCAACCAACUUUUAUGUCCAGUGAUAUUAGAAAUAUUCGUCGCUUGAGUAGAAAUAAGGAUAUCAUGAAUAUUCUUGCCAGAUCAUUAGCACCUUCUAUAUGGGGACAUGAGGAGGUGAAAAAAGCGAUUUUAUGUUUGUUGCUUGGUGGAACGGAAAAGAUUCUUGCUAACGGUUCUCGUCUCAGAGGUGAUAUUAACAUUCUGCUAAUUGGAGACCCAUCAGUCGCCAAAAGUCAACUGUUAAGAUAUGUACUACAUACGGCACCACGUGCUAUUGCAACUACAGGUCGUGGCUCUAGCGGUGUUGGUUUAACGGCUGCCGUCACUACGGAUGCUGAUACUGGUGAUCGGCGUCUUGAAGCUGGUGCGAUGGUACUUGGUGAUCGUGGAAUUGUAUGCAUUGAUGAGUUUGAUAAGAUGUCUGAUAUCGAUAGAACAUCAAUUCAUGAAGUUAUGGAGCAGGGAAGAGUUACUAUCGCCAAAGCAGGAAUACAUGCAAAAUUGAAUGCAAGAUGCUCAGUGCUAGCGGCAGCCAAUCCUGUUUUUGGGCGAUAUAAUAUUUAUAAAAGCCCUAUGCACAAUAUUGGCAUGCAAGACUCAUUGCUUUCAAGAUUCGAUCUAAUAUUUGUAAUGCUCGAUCAGCAUGAUCUGGGACAAGAUAAAUCAGUGGCAGAGCAUAUUUUAAAGUUACAUCGAUAUCGUGCACCUGGUGAAUCAGAGGGCUCUGUUCUUCAAAUGGGUGCGGCAAUCGAAACACUUUCAACAUUCGAUUUUUUGGAUGAAGAAGCAAAUGUAACAGCAGAUAUCUAUGAAAAGAAUAAAAUAUGGUGUUCAAGUGCACCAAACGAAAAAAUCUUGACAAUGCGGUUUUUACGCAAAUAUUUGCAUAUGGCAAAAGGUGUGAAGCCUGUUUUGACUGAAGAAGCUGCCGCAUAUAUUAGCAAGUCGUAUACUGAACUUCGUUCCUUUGAUACAUCCAAAACUGAUCAAGAACGGACUAUGCCAGUGACAGUGCGCCAGCUGGAAACCAUGAUUCGUCUGGCAACUGCUAUGGCUAAAGCAAGAUUUUCGAAAGAGGUAGAGCAAGAAGAUGCUGAGAAUGCUUUUAAUUUGCUUCAUUUUGCUUGCUUUAAAGAAAAACCAAGAGAAAGACUUGAUAUGGAAGACCGAACUGGCAGAAAACGGCACCAAAAGGAUAUUGAAAUUGAUGAGAGUGAUGUUGACGAUAUGCUCGAAGAGGUAAAUGAGCUCACAGUAGAUAGCAACAGGCGAAGAUCUACUCGGCUUAAACGGCAGGCUGUGGAUACUCAAGAUCAGGAAACACAGGAUGCGUCCAUGGAUGUAACUGAGACUACCACCGAGUCAAUUCAACAUUCUUUGAAGAAACCACGAUUAGAUAUACCAGCGAUUAGUGUCGACAGGUAUAAAAUUUUCCGAAAAUAUAUUCGAAAAGCUUUUGACGACAUAGGACCUACUACUGAGAUGAUCGAAUUGAGCCGAAUUCGUGAUUCUGUUCAGAGUCAAGCUGGAUUAUUAACUUUUACUCAAGAGGAGUUAAAUGCAGGUUUCGAACAGCUCUGCAAUGAAAAUAUUGCGAUGAUCGCGAAUGAUCAGAUUACUCUUAUUUGA